CUGUCACUCACUAUUUGUAACCGGUGUCCGGCCUCGUUUUAAUUGUUUUCACAAAUUCAUACAUUUUAUCUAUUGGCCUGUGAUGUAAAGUAAAUCUGUUGCUGUUAAAGUAUUCUUCCUUUCCUUACUCGAAACUCGGUAAUAAUGAGUGAAAACGCAAAGUUAUAAAUCAAGUAUCUAUUUUACUUUGAAAUUCUAAGUGAGCUUUGCGAUAAUUGUUAACACAUUCUUUAGUCGUUAAGCAUAUUCUUUGAAGUAAAAAAGGAACAAAGAUAGUUAAAGAAAUGGCACACGAUAUAAUGAGUCAGUUUUAUGCCAGUCUAAAUUUACCUUUACAAGAAAAAGUGGAAGAAUUGACGAGGAUUAUAGAUCAGUCAACUCCAAACAAAGAUCUUCAGUCAUUAUUUCCUCAGUUGAUAAGUAACAUAUUCUCAGUUACAUUCAACAAUGGUUGGGGAUUGCGUACAGUUACUUGUGACGCUAAAAAGCAGGCGUUUGAAGCUUUAAUUGUUUUCUUUGAACCUCUUGGUCCAAUGUUCCGGUUGUGUUACAAACUGUUGUCGGAUCCGCAGUUAAAAUAUAACCUACCUUUAACUGCAUUGCCUAUGGACUUGCAGAUAACUCUGGAAAGGGGCAGAUGCCCACAGUUCUACUCAGACAUGCUUGUGACAGACCCACAAACUCUCAAUGUGGUGGCCCUGGCUCUCAAUCCAUUUGACUACUACAUCAUAAACUUUGCUCUUCACCUGGUUAAUAACAGCCACCAAACAAGUUCCUGGGAAAACUGGAGUAGUGCAUACUUUGCCCUAGCAUGUGAUUACCUCAUGCAUUUCCUGCCUGCUGAUCCAAAUAAAUCAGUCUUGCCGCACAUACCCAACUAUACAGGCAAAGUACCCAUGGCUGCACCUCUGCAAACAGCUAAUAGGCCCUUGUAUUCCCCAUCGCUGCUACUUAUACCUGACCUGUCAGGCUCAAGCAUGAGCAAUCAACAUGCUACAUCACAGAAUCAGUCACGUAAUGAAGUGUGGCGCUCCGAAACAGUGCUGCAGGUGUUCAUAGAUAUAUGGAUGAGUGUAGAGCAAUUUAGCCCCAGAAAUGUUGAGAUGUUCCAAAGAAAUUAUUGUUCAAUAUCUUCAAGCCCAGAAAGAGUUAGAACUGUCCGGGUUCUCGUAAAACAUUUGCACUCUUUCUCUGCCAAAUAUAUGUCAGACCCUGCUGUCCGAUCGUCAGCUUUAAGGAAAUACGCUCGACAGAUAAUGUGUGUUCGUGCUUACCAUUAUAUUAAACAUUUGGUAACAACCUGGCCCUUGGACGCGUCCUUCAGGCUCGUGAUGGAGCUGUGGCUGAGCCUUAUCCAACCUUGGAGAUAUGUUAACAACAACAUUACGCAAGAUAGGGCUCAAAAUUCCAAUAACAACCAAGAAGAAUUCACUAAUACUCUAGAUUCCAGUUUUACACAAUUCAUCGCAGAAAACUUCCCUUCAUACACCUGUAUAUUUCAACUUAUACUGCCGAGGUUCAUGAGACUGGACUUAAGUGCCUACAAAAAUGCUGUAAUGUUGUUCAGAUUAGGCAAGGUAUUUUCACAACAGCAUUUGUGCCCGAUUUUAUGGAAUUUUGAACAAGCAAUAACGGACAGCGGGUCAUUAAAUCCAAGUCCAGAUACAAGUUACAAUAAUUCUGGCAUGGAACAAAGUUAUACGUACAAUGGCGUCUCUUUACACAAAUAUGUUACAAUCGCUAAACAAGCUAUAUCAGAAUUUAAUUUGUCCGCCAAUUUCGAAUAUCAACCAAUUUGGGGCGAUAAUAUGCGGACAUUCGCCUCGCAGUUGGUAAAGAGAAUUGUUGCUGCAAAAAAUACAGCUGAGAAUAAUAUUGAAGAGUAUAAUAAGAUACUUAGCAUACGCCACAAAGGUAUAUGGGGCGCUAUCAAAAUUUUCUUGAUGAUAGAAGACAGUGAUGAAGAUGUCGCCAUAUUGGAAGAAUCUAAGAAAGUGCCAAAUUAUCUGACUAGUGCCUUUCACCACUUUUCACACAUAUUUGGGUUAAAUGAGAAUACUUUAAUUGCACCUGAACCUGUUAUUGAGGACAGCUCAAUGGAACAUUCUUCCUACGUCAAUACUACGAGUUUUCCACUGUCCAUCACCAAUAAGCUUCGCAGCAAACCUACCAAAGUGCACUAUAUGGGCGACCCAGACUUGAUGCCAAUAACGUCCUACGAAAGCACUAUAUUAGUCAGGAUGUUGUACCACAUAGCAUCAAGAUUGAAUGAGUUGUAUGGAGAUGACUUAGCAAGACUUUGGAACAGAAACGACCUAUGCGGCUUCAUGGCCCGUGAGGUGUUGCAGGCGCCAUACACGAUCCAUAAUUACGUGAAGGAUGUGACGAAUCAUCAGAACAUAGUGAGUCAGGAGCUGCCCCCGCGCCUGUCGCUGCGUCGCCUCGGCUCCCACGCUUUUGUCGUUUGGCUCACAAUCGGCUACAUCACCAUGAAACUCUUUUCCUUCAGUGGUUUCUUUUACGUGUUUGUGUUAGUCAUUUUGUGGAUAACGUUUGUUUUCACUAAAGCUAGUUUUAAAAUGUUAAGAUUAAUUUAAAUCAGGAAUAAUGUUCAAUUUUUAUAAAAGAUUUAUUCUUGCAUUGAAUAAAUUAUUUUUUUAUGGA